AUUUUUGUUGCUAUGCCCUCUUUUGACAAUCUACACACCUCCCAAUUAUGACACUUUAACCCACAGACAAGACUUCAGCAAACUCCAGACUAAAAUACAUGUUUGUGCCGUCUUAACUAAAAACAACUUACUCUGACUGAUCUUAAAAUAUUUAUGUGCCAUUGUUUUGUAUCGUACUGCACACCAGUAGACUCAUGAGACAAAUUUAAACUAAAAGAUACUUAAAUGUCAUCAUUAACUAAAGUUUAUUCCUGAGUUAAUCUCUGUCUGUUAAACCAGGCCAUGUCUUUUUAAACAUUAUAGAAGCUUAUGCUUGUUUUAAUGCAUUCAUUUAAAAAUGUGUAUAAUCAAUUAUCUGUAGUUUAAACUUCUAUUUACUUUUUUCUUUUUCAAAUGUAAAUUGUAUGUGUAAAUAUCUCACCACUAGAGGACAAACACUUAUACUGGCUUUAAUGUUGAAUCAGUUUAGUGACACAAAUAAGAUAAAUUUGAUCUGUUAUUCUCUUAUUUCACCACAAAAUUCACUCAUAUUUAUGCAUUUAUGGCAGAGCAUUUCCACAAAGGUUUGGCUACUCGAGACUGUGACUUUCUGUAUGAGACUGACAUCUAGUGGACUUGUUUAUUAUAUGACUGACACACCUGCUUGCACACGUUUCAUAAACACAACCAGGAAAUACUUUGAGUUCAGGAAAACUGAAACUGUUGGGCUGUUGUUUGUUUCUUUCUUUCUGUGAGUACAUACGGUGAAAUGGCAGAAGCCAGUAUUUCAGUGAUCCAGGAUCAGUUCAUCUGUUCAAUCUGUCUGGAUCUACUGAAGGAUCCAGUGACCAUUCCCUGUGGACACAGUUACUGUAUGAGCUGUAUUACAGACUGCUGGGAUCAAGAUGAUCAGAAGAGAGACUACAGCUGCCCUCAAUGCAGACAGACCUUCAAUACAAGACCUGUUUUAUAUAAAAAUGUUGUGUUUGCCCAGAUGGUGGAGAUGCUGAAGAAGACAAAACUCCAGACUGAACCUUCUCUCAGUUAUGCUGAAGCUGGAGAUGUGAAGUGUGACGUCUGUACUGAGAGAAAACACAAAGCUGUCAAGUCCUGUCUGGUGUGUCUGAACUCUUACUGUCAAAAUCAUCUUGAACAACAUGAGAAUUUAUUCAAAGGCAAAAAGCACAACCUGACAGACGCCACUGGACGACUUCAGCAGAUGAUCUGCCCACAACAUGAAAAACUUUUAGAGAUUUACUGUAAAACUGAUCAGAUCUGUAUAUGUUAUCUGUGUAUGGUGGAUGAACACAAUGAACAUAAGACUGUAUCAGCUGCAGCAGAGAGGACUGAGAAACAGAAAGAACUGAAGGAGAAACAGAGAAAAUACCAGCAGAGAAUCCAGGAGAGUCAGAAGAAGCUUCAGGAGCUGAGAGAUGCUGUGGAGACUCAUAAGCGCUCUGCACAGACAGCAGUGGACGACACUGAGAAGAUCUUUACUCAGCUGAUCACAUCCAUUGAGAGAAGACGAUCUGAGGUGAUACAGCUGAUCAGAGAUCAGGAAAAGACUGCAGUGAGUGAAGCUGAAGGACUCUUGAAGCGACUGGAGCAGGAGAUUGAUGAUCUGAGGAGGAGAGACGCUGAGCUGGAGCAGCUUUCACACACAGAUGAUCACAUCUAUUUCCUCCAGAGUUUUCAGUCUCUCUCUGUUCCUCCUGGAUCUUCAGACUCACUCAGCAUCACUGUCAGCUCUCUCAUCUCUUUUGAUGAUGUUAGAAAAUCUGUGUCUCAUCUGAGAGAGAAACUGAAGGAUUUCUGUAGAGAAGAGAUAGAGAAGAUAUUUGAUAAAGUUACUCCUGAACCUGAGACCAGGGAGCAGUUCCUAAAAUAUUAUCAUCACUUCACUGCAGAUCCAAACACAGCAUAUAAAUAUCUCUGUCUGUCUGAGGGGAACAGAGUGAUUACUUUCAAUAACACAGUCCAGUCGUAUCCUGAUCAUUCAGACAGAUUUAAUGUUUAUUUUCAGGUGUUGUGUAGUGAGAGUGUGAGUGGACGCUGUUACUGGGAGGUUGAGUGGAGUGGUGAGGUGUAUAUCUCAGUGUCAUAUAAGAGCAUCAGGAGGAAGGGAGGUUAUGAGUGUUUGUUUGGAUUUAAUGAUCAGUCCUGGAGUUUGAUCUGCUCUGACUCCAGAUGUUCAUUCUUACACAAUAACAUUGAGACUAAACUCCCUGUAGUGUCCAGAUCUUCUAGAAUAGGAGUUUAUGUGAAUCACAGUUCAGGAUCUCUGUCCUUCUACAGCGUCUCUGACACAAUGACCCUCAUCCACAGAGUCAACACCACAUUCACUAAACCUCUCUAUCCUGGGUUUUGGGUUUAUUAUGGAUCAGUGAAACUGUGUAAUAUAACAAUAUAGAUGAUACAGAGAGUCUACAAUCAUAUAUUAUAUUUUGUCAUAUUAGAAGUCUGAACAUGAUGAAUCAACGACAAAGAAAUAAUAAGUCUUUCAUUUUCUAAUCAGCUGAUUGUAAAGUUAUAUUUUAAUAUUUGUAUUUUGUCUUGUCAAACAGAGGUUGCUGUAGUUAUUUACAGUUAAUAUUAUUCAUCUACAGCCAUGUAUUCUUUUAUGUGUACAAACCACUAUAAAUAAUAUGUUAUACAAGCCACUAAUUAUAGUAAAUUGUAAGUAAAGUGACUUCAUUGUUGGUAAGUGUGUCAGACCAUGUAAAAAAUGUGGGUGCUACUAUGGACUCCACAUUGGUUUUGGAUAAGCAGAUUAACAGUGUUGUUAAGGCUGGGUUUUAUCAACUCAAUUAUUUCUAAAUUUGCUCUAUCAAAACACAAGAAUCACGAGAUCUACCAAUGAGAUGAUUUUAUAUGUUUCUAAACAAGGUUAAAAUCAAAGGGUGACAGGUCUUUUUCGGUAGCCACUCCACACUUAUGGAACCCUCUUCCUUUUUACAUUAAAUUAACUCCUUCUGUGGUUUUAAGUUGAGAUUUAAAUCAUAUCUUUUUAGAAUGGCUUUUUAAUUUUGGCUAGAGAGCUCCUCUCUUGUUCUUUUAUUGUUUUUCUUUGUCUAUCUUUUUGUUUAAAUGUCGUCCUGGA